AUGGGUUCGCCGAUUUCGGAACUCAUCGCCGAGGAGGUCUUGCAACGGUUAGAGCCGCUGAUCUUCCAACACCACAUACAGAAGUUCUGGGCCCGGUCUGUGGAUGAUACUUUCGCCGAUAUUCACCGGGAUCAACUGUUGACAUUCAAAGAACAUCUCAAUCCAGUCUUCCCGGACAUACAAUUUACAGUGGAGGAGGAGAACAACCAGUUGACCUUUCUGGAUGUCCUCGUCUGCCGCAAAAGACUGUGGUAA